AUGGGCGCUGAAGACUAUGUGGCUACGUCCUUUCGGACUGCGAAUUCGGGCCCGGGCGGAUUUGGAUGGCGUCAAGGCAACUUCUAUCAUUGCCUCGCCGAACACGGAGUGGAAGUAAGCUACUGCCCAGCAGAAGGGCGUUGGCAGAUCGGAGGCAUCGAGCGAUGCAAUGCAGUUCUGAGGACGAUCACCGAGCACUUGGUCGACCAAUUCGCCGUCGUGAACGCGGAGGAACUUGACGAUGCGCUACUAGUUCCGCGACUCACCGGCCUUUUCAACAGAGCUUCUCCCGAAGCAAUCCGCCACAUCCACGACGUCGCUGAUGAGGAAGGCCAUCCUGAGAAAACCAGGUGGCUAUGGCGCCACAACCACUUGCGCUUCGGCUACCAGAAGCACCUCAAGCUCUACCAGCAAGUCCAGAUCAACGUCGACCGCCCGACCUACCAACACACGGUAGUGAACCCAAGCAGAAUGCCAGUCCUCAUGUUCUACCACCAAUACCUGAAGGAGACGCGCAAGAACAUGUCCGACUUCGAGCGCUUCAAGGUGAUGUGCGCAAAGCAGAAGCGCUCCAAGGAGGUGAAGAAGGCCGGGGCCAACUUCACCAACGAGCACGCAAGCGCGCACGCUUGA